AUUGCUCACUAUACCCACUGCCACCUCUGCCUUCACUCACACCCUCAACUACAUCACCCACAUGUCCCCCCUUCACCCUCCCACUUAGACUCAGACUGCCUCUCCAGCCCCACCCGCCACAGCCUCAGCCUGUCAGACGGAUCGGAGGACCAGCUGGACCGCCUCCAGCAGGUGGAGCUGGCCAGGAUGACGCCCAUGUCCCAGUGGAGGGCUGGCACUGUGCAGGCCUGGCUGGAGGUUGUCAUGGCAAUGCCAAUGUACAUCCGCACCUGCUCGGAAAAUGUCAAGAGUGGGAAGGUUUUACUUGGACUGACAGAUGAAGACCUGGAGCUGGGUUUAGGUGUCAGCAGUUUAAUGCAUCGCCGGAAACUCCGCCUGGCCAUUGAGGAUUACAGAGAUGCUGAGAAUGGUAGAGGGCUGUCCAAGGCUGCAGACAUGGACCACCACUGGGUGGCCAAGGCCUGGCUAAGCGAUGUGGGCCUGCCUCAGUACUCUCAGGCCUUUCACAACCACUUAGUUGACGGGCGUCUGCUGAAUUCCCUGACACGUCGCGACCUUGAACGUCACCUCAACAUCACCAAGAAGUUCCACCAGGUCAGCUUGCUGCUGGGCAUCGAACUGUUGCACUUACUCAAUUUCGACAAGGAGGCACUGCAGGCCCGCCGGGUACAGUGUGAGCACCAGAACGUGGAUCCUUUGGUAUGGACCUCUCAUCGGGUCAUGAAAUGGAUCAAGGAUAUUGACCUGAAGGAGUUUGCUGAAGGUCUUCUAAGCAGCGGAGUUCAUGGCGCUGUCAUGGUGCUUGACCCGACUUUUAACACUGACGCCAUGGCAACAGCACUGGGGAUCCCUAGCAACAAGCACAUGGUUCGCCGACACCUCAUUGAGGAGAUGAAAACCUUGAUUGGCUCAGCCAGGACAGAGGCCAAGCAGGACUAUGAGCACCUAGGCCUGGGAACACCACCAACACCCCUUCGCCAGAACUCCCUGGGGAGACCGCCCAGCUCCACCAGCCGACACACGGAUGACGAAGGCUCCCUGAGGAGGAGGGCUGUCAAGCCUCCAACAGGGUUCAGCCCCAAAGCCCGCAAUGGGCGAGACUUGACUUGCCAUAGCAGCUACGGCUCCCUGCCUCGGGAUGUUCGAGACCAGACUCCGCCCAGAGCCGAGGGAAGCCCGAUCCACGGUUACACCAGCAUCGAGGUCACCAACGUUUGAGGUCAUCACAGUGUGACGAAAACCAGCUUCAUCGCAACUACAUUUACACCAUGGACAUUUGUCAUGUGUACCUGAACAUGAUAUGGUUAUUUUCUCUAAAGAUGAGAGUUUACAGGAUAGAUUGCACUUUUUUAAGCAAGACAGGAUUCUUUUUUACAUGUCUCCUGGUUAAAGAAAGUUUUCAUUGUGCGCAGGUGGUAUUUCGAUGUUUAAGAGGGCAGUAAUUUAUCUCGCCUGAAUCAAGAGAUGCAGGACGCAAGCUAAACAAUUAUUUUUCUAUUUUUUUUGUGUGUAAAGGGUUCUUUGUGAAUUUGACUUGGCAAUUUGUUGACUGGAUGCUAGUGAUGGUUUCUCUGAGGAAAUGAGAUUUUAAUGUUUGUAUAAUACAGGGUACUUGAUGACAAAAUGAAAAAAGUUUCAUAUCAGUGUAAAUUGUUCUUGUUUUAUUCAGUUCUACUGUUUGUGAUGCCUUGUCAGUGUAGCUGAGGACAGCGGACAAAAAAGAGUUUAUGUUUGAUAUCCAUUUUUUCAUCUUGCACAUUUACACAGUUGUGUCUAAACAGAUGUAGCACCCUCUUCUGAUGUUUUAUACUGUGAAGUAAACGUGGAAAAAAUAUUUGAACAAUGCAAACAAAAGAUGACUGCAGAGCUGUAUGUCCAUAGACGCCUCAGGGCUGAAAGGUGUGAGGAUGCAUAUAUAUAAAAAUGAAAAAUUUCCUUUUAAUGAAAUAAAGAUGACAUUUUAAAUUUUAUGGUGUUGUCCACCCAUCUUCAGCAGAAAGUUCAAUAAAAAAUUACUGUAUGUUAUGUGAAAGUAUUUAUAACAAUUACCAACACAAAGAUAGUUAUUUUAAA